CUUUCAUAACAGAAGGUUCUUCGUGUCGGUUCGUUGAUGGAAUUAAGUGACAAUGACGUCUUUGAAUAGUGAUGUUAAUGUGACAAAGUUAAAGUUUAGUGUGGACAGUAUUUUGGGUAAUAAUGAUUCUCAUCACUCAAGUACGCCGGUUACGGAGGUUUCUCGGAGUCAAGAGCCUCCAUGUGCCGGGUGCGUGGCUGCGUUGUACCGCUGCUGCAGGGAUGAACCACCCCUUCUACAGCUUCCCUUGCCUCUUCCAUACACACAUUUACAUCCAGCAUUAAGGCCUACUACAGUGUAUAGGUUACCUCUACCCUCAUCCUCACCGCCGCAACCAUCAUCAGCUCCUCGGUGUGACGUCACAUCGAGUGGCAAGAGGAAGCGAUCCUGGUCCCGAGCAGUGUUCAGUAAUCUACAACGAAAAGGGCUGGAGCGAAGGUUUCAAAUACAAAAAUAUAUUACGAAGCCAGAUAGGCGACAACUGGCUGCUACCUUAGGACUGACUGAUGCUCAAGUAAAAGUGUGGUUCCAAAACCGGCGCAUGAAAUGGCGGCAUACGAAAGAGGGGCGUGGUGGUAUAGCAGGCACAACAGGCCUACCUGGACGAGACGCAGACUCCACUAACGAUGACAACGAAGAUAUUGAUGUUGACACACUCAGUGAUUAAUUGAAACUAUUUUAAUUCAAGUGAAUUCAUUUAUUGGACUAUUCUCUUCAUACAAAUUUGGU